CAAGUUGACAAGUUCAGACUUCAGAGAGCAGGUCACUUCAAAUUCUCCUCUCGCUCGUUUUAAAUUCUGUGAUUAUGGCCGCUACGAAGCGCAUCAUCUUCCUGUUGGGAAAUGUAAAGUCUGCAUGUAGACCGGCCUUUCUCAACAGGAGACUCUUCGAGUGAAGCAUUUAGCCCCUUCGAAUUCCACCAGCCCUUUAAUUCUCCUGUUACCAAUACGGGAGGACUCCUCCAUAACGCAACGCACCGAAUACUCUGGCUAUGGAGGAUAUUUAAGGGCCUGCAUAUGCAGGACCAGAAAUCAUCUUGCUCACCACCCAACAUACUUCGUCUCUUGACUCUCUUCAUCGACCAUGUCGAGCGAUGACGGGCCGACAGUUGCUGUCAAGCUGUUCAUCGACAAGGAGAAGAAACGGGUGCUGUUUGCGGAAUCUGAUAAGGACUUCGUCGACGUCCUCUUCAGUUUCCUAACCCUUCCUCUUGGCACCAUCGUUCGUCUUCUCGGCAAGCAGUCUCAGGUAGGAUGCCUCGACGAACUGUACAGGAGCGUGGAGGGUCUUAGCGAAGAUCUCUUCCAAACCAAGGCAUGCAAGGCGAUGCUUCUUAGUCCCGUCAAUGCUGCUGCGAUCCAUUGCGAUGGGCUUAAAGUGAAAGUGCACGACAGCAAUACUGUGUAUCGCUGCAAAAACACAAGUUGCGGUUAUUCAUUAUUUAGCUCGGUCCCUGAUGCUAUUUGCCCAUGUGGAAAUUACGUUCAGUACAAUAAGCAAUCGCCAAAUCCUCCUAUCGUUGGAGAGUGUAAGGAGGACGGGGUGUUUGCUAUUAGUGUCCCUAAGUUCAUUAUAACUGAUGAUCUCCAAGUUGCUCCUGCUUCCACAAGAGUCAUGUUUUCCCUGAUGACCAAAUUCGGGAUACCGGAAAAGGGGGAUAUCGAAGAGAAGGUGCUCCAACUCAAUUCUGAAAAGGUUUGCCUCUACCUGUGCACAUUGCGCUGCUAACUUAUUUCUAUUUAGUACCCUGAU